AUGUCUACCAACCUUUCUUCCGAACGUGCCGAUAUGCAGCCUUCCGGGCCUCAGACUAUAGGGCACGGCAUCGACGAGCUCAAGCCGAGUGCGUCCCAAUUUGAGACCAUGGAAGAAGGCGACCCUCAUAAAUUCAAGCUUCCCAAGACUGGUGGGGAUGUUGCCUUGGCACUCUUCGAUAAUGUGGGCGAUGUGCACGAAUUCAUCGAUCCGGAGGAGGAGCGACGACUAGUCCGCAAGGUAGACUGGAUGAUUCUUCCAUAUAUUUCAGUCUGCUACAUCUUCUUCUACAUUGACAAAACCACCCUCUCGUACGCUGCCAUCUUUGGUAUUCAGAGUGAUCUCAACCUCAAGGGCACUGAGUAUAGCUGGCUAUCAUCAAUCUUUUACUUUGGGUUUCUGAUCUGGGCUCUGCCUACAAACUUCAUGCUGCAGAAGUUCCCUAUUGCAAAGUAUCUCGGCCUCAACAUCUUCGCUUGGGGUACUUUUCUUGUGCUACAAGCUGCGGCACCCAACUUUGGAGCUUUAGCCGCACUUCGUGCCAUCGGCGGAGCAGCAGAAGCCAUGUGGUACACCCGCCGAGAGCAACCCAUCAAAAUCGGGCUCUGGUACACCGCCAACGGCGUCGGCAUCGCCCUUGGCGGCCUCCUAGGCUACGGCAUCGGCAACAUCAAAGGCGCGCUGGCGUCCUGGAAGUAUGAGUUCAUCAUCGUCGGCACCCUGUGCUGCGCGUGGGGCAUCGUCAUUGCCGUGUUCCUGCCGGAUAACCCCAUCACGAGCAGCAAGCUUACAAACCGCGAGAAGAAGAUCAUCGUCGAGCGGUUACGCGAGAAUCAGACUGGCGUGGAGAAUAAAACGCUGAAGCUCUAUCAGGUGCGCGAGGCGUUCACGGACUACAAGCUGUACUUUUUCUUCAUGAUUGCCUUGUUGCAGGCGAUUGUGAAUGGGGGGACGUCUAAUUUUGGAACUCUGAUUAUCAAGGGCUUCAAGUUUUCGACGUUGAUCACGGCGGUCCUUCAGAUUCCAUACGGAGCCAUCAUCUUCAUCGCCAUCCUAGCAUGCGUCUUCAUCAACGACAGGCUGCCGCCAAAUAACCGCUGCUUCGUGCUGGUGCUCUUCUUAUUACCCAACGUCGCUGGGGCGUUUGGUCUCCGCUUUGUCCCUGAUGACCAGCAGGUCGGCAGGCUAAUCUGCUACUACUUAACCGGUUCUAUCAACGCCUCAUUCGUACUUCUCCUCUCACUCCAAACCGCCAACAUUGCUGGACAUACCAAAAAGGUGGUCACCUCCGCGUGCCUGUUUUUGGGAUACUGCGUCGGCAACAUCGCGGGUCCCUUCUUCUACAAGUCAAAUCAGGCGCCCAAGUAUGAGUUAGGUAUUUGGAGUAUGAUUGUCGCUCACUUGCUUGAGGUUGUGGUUGUGAUUACACUGCGGUUUCUGCUCAAGUGGGAAAAUGAUAGGCGGGACAGAAUGCAGGGGGAAGUCGCUGAGGUUGAUCUGGAUGCGACGGCGUUUGGGGAUUUGACGGAUCGUGAGAACUUGAACUUUCGGUACAUUUACUGA